AGGGGAGCGCGGCGAGGAGAGCGCCAGCGAACGAGAGAGCGAGCGAGCGCCGGGGAGGGGGCCGGGAGCGAGGGGCAGCUCGGGAGAGCCGGAGCGGUAGCGGCGGCGGCGGCGGCGAGGCUCGGCGCCCUCUUCCCUGCAAACCAUGUUUGCCAAAGGCAAAGGCUCGGCGGUGCCCUCGGACGGGCAGGCUCGGGAAAAGUUAGCUUUAUACGUCUACGAAUAUUUACUGCACGUAGGAGCACAGAAAUCUGCACAGACCUUCUUAUCGGAGAUUCGAUGGGAAAAAAACAUCACGUUGGGAGAACCGCCUGGGUUUUUGCACUCGUGGUGGUGUGUAUUUUGGGACCUUUACUGUGCCGCUCCUGAAAGGAGAGACACUUGUGAACAUUCGAGUGAAGCAAAAGCCUUUCAUGAUUAUAGUGCAGCAGCUGCCCCGAGCCCCGUGCUUGGCAACAUUCCCCCCAACGAUGGGAUGCCGGGAGGCCCCAUCCCGCCAGGUUUCUUUCAGCCUUUUAUGUCACCGCGAUACGCAGGCGGCCCCAGGCCCCCGAUCAGAAUGGGAAACCAGCCUCCAGGAGGAGUUCCUGGGACACAGCCAUUGCUGCCCAAUUCCAUGGAUCCCACACGACAACAAGGCCACCCCAACAUGGGAGGAUCAAUGCAGAGAAUGAACCCUCCCCGAGGCAUGGGGCCCAUGGGUCCUGGCCCACAGAAUUAUGGCAGCGGCAUGAGACCACCACCCAACUCCCUCGGCCCCGCCAUGCCCGGGAUUAACAUGGGCCCGGGAGCUGGCAGACCCUGGCCCAAUCCUAACAGUGCUAACUCAAUUCCAUACUCCUCCUCAUCACCUGGUACCUAUGUGGGACCCCCUGGUGGUGGCGGCCCUCCAGGAACACCCAUUAUGCCCAGUCCCGCAGAUUCAACAAAUUCCAGUGACAACAUCUACACAAUGAUUAAUCCGGUGCCGCCUGGAGGCAGCCGGUCCAACUUCCCGAUGGGUCCCGGCUCGGACGGUCCGAUGGGCGGCAUGGGUGGCAUGGAGCCACACCACAUGAAUGGAUCGUUAGGGUCAGGUGACAUAGACGGACUUCCAAAAAAUUCUCCUAACAACAUAAGUGGCAUUAGCAAUCCUCCAGGCACCCCUCGAGAUGACGGCGAGCUAGGAGGGAACUUCCUCCACUCCUUUCAGAACGACAAUUAUUCUCCAAGCAUGACGAUGAGUGUGUGAUCCCCCCUUCUCCGAGACGCUGAGAGAGCGGGCAUUGCAGGCGGGAAGAUGCCAGAAAUUAUGCAAGAAGUGAGGUGUCAUUAUCCAGGAGCUGGUGGGGAGGGCAUCUCCCUGCUCCCCUCAACCCCCUCCCACCCCAUCCACGCCCCCCACCUUUCCCAAUUUUAGUUUCAUGCAAUAAAAAGGCUGAACUUUUUAUUCCAUAAAACAUGAAGGACAAAACUCAAAAAUGUAUUUCAAGUCAGUGACCAGAAAAAUCCCACCCCUUGCCCUUUCCCCAAAGGACCUUUUCCGUACACGACACUUUUUUGUUUUUUGUUUGGGGUUUUACCGUUGUUGGGAUUUUUUUAUUUGUUUUCAGGGGGGGUUUUUUGGGGAAAAUUUUUUUAAAUGGAAGCUUCUAGCAAGCCCCCCACCCCAAUCAACCUCUAUGCUUCUUAAAAAAAAAAAAAAAAAAAAAAAAAAAAAAAAAAAA